UGGGGUUCGUAAGGUAGGCUGGCUGGAAAAGCAUACCUAAGGUACCUAGGGCCUCUAAAAACCAAGAUGCUGUGCGACGUUUCGGAAGCAUCGGGGCCCUAUGUAGUACAAGUUCUGUUAAUCUCGUCACUGUCGGCAUUUCUUUGUUAGGUGUUAGAAAGUUAGAAAAACAGAUUAUUCUUCAGUUCCCUAGAAUCAAAACGCCCAAAACCGCGUCCUCAUACAAUUUUGCCCAUAGCCACAACCUAGUUUCUUACUUUAAUCUUUGUCAUGGAUUUCAUCGAUGUUGCAAUUAUUGGCGGAGGACCUGCUGGUCUGACUGCUGCUGGCACGUUGGCACGACAACUACACACAGCCGUCGUAUUUGACUCAAAGAGUUACCGAAACGCUAGAGCGACCAAGAUGCAUAUGGUUCCAACAUGGGAGAACAAGAAUCCCAGUGAAUUUCGUACUUCAGCCAGACGGGAUAUCGAGUCCUAUUAUUCUACCAUACAGUUCCUCGAUGUCCCCGUGACGAAAGUGGAGAAGAAGAGCGACUCUCAUUUCCAAGUCUGGGACGGCAACGGCAAGGAAUGGAGGUUCAGAAAGGUGCUGCUUGCUGUUGGCUCAUCUGACCAUUUCCCGGAUAUCGAGGGUUACGCACAGCUAUGGACCCAAAAAAUAUUCCAUUGCUUGUUCUGUCAUGGCUAUGAAGAUCGAGGUUCACCAUCUUCGGGUGUUCUAGCUGUCUCCCCUAUCCUGGUUCCUGCUCUCGUUAUGCACAUGGCCGAGAAUGCUGCCCAACUCAGCGACAGCGUCACGCUCUACACCCAUGGAAACGAUGAAUUGACCAACCAGCUUGUUACAAUGACCAAGGACUCCAAGUUCCAGGUCGAGUCCCGCCGAAUCAAAUGUCUCUUAAGCAACACUGAAGCGGAUUCAGUGACUGUGGAAUUCGACGACGGAUCUAGUAAGGUGGAAAGGUUUCUAGUCCAUAACCCCCAAACCAGUGUUCAAGGCCCCUUUGUUGACCAACUUGGAAUUGCUCUCACCCAAAUGGGUGAUGUCCAGGCAGAUGCACCAUUCCACCAGUCAAGUGUUCGAGGUGUAUUCGCCGCUGGCGACUGCAUCACACCCUAUAAAGUUACUGCUGGAGCAAUCUCAAGCGGUUGCAACGCAGCCGUAGCGGCCAGCACCCAGUUACAAUCUGAGAAGUAUGGUCAGCCACCCAUGUUCUAGAUCUGAGCGAGCAAGGAGAAUGUCACGCUCUACUUGGUCCUUUCU